AUGCAGGACGACGGCGGCGACGAGAAUUUUCAUCUCUGGGGCAUCGACGCGACGACGCCAUCUUCCGCCGCGCGCGAUCUGACCCCGUUUCCUGGCGCAAAGGCGCAGAACGUGGUGACGAAUAAGAGGUUCCCGGAUCAGCUCCUCGUCGGCAUCAACAAGCGCGACCCGACUCAGUUUGACAUGUACCGGUGCACGCUCGCGACCGGCACUGAGGACGAGUCGUUCGAGGUCCGCGAGGCGAUCGUGAUGAACCCGGCCGACAGCUCGACGGCGGCCGACAGCUCGACGACGGUCCGUGUCCGCGACUCGGCGGGCGAUGAGUGGCGCGACUUGGUCACGUUUCCGUACGGCGAGGAGGGCAACAUGGUCGAGUUUGCGAGGGACGGCAAGUCCGUCCUCGCCCUCUCGACGCUCGGCCGCGAGACGCAGGCGCUGGCGCUGGUGCGCGCCGUCUCCUUCAACUACGCGCGCACCGAGCGGCGCUUCUUCGACAAGGAGCUCGAGGCCGACUUCAGGGCGCUCGAGGCGGCGGCGCCCGGCGGUGCCGAGGAAGCGGGCGGCACGGUGUCGCCGCUCUUCGUGUCGCAGCCCGCGCUGCUCGAGUACAAGCUCGCUAAGAUGGAGGACGUGCGCAUCACCGCGCGCGACGGGCGCUCGAGCUCGUCUCGCCUGCCUCGAGAGGAGGCGAGGCUGGAGCUCGUGGCAUACCUCACGCGCGCCGACAGCGACGCGCCGACGCCGCUCGUGCUGCUGGUCCACGGAGGGCCGUGGGCGCGGGAUGGGUGGGGCUUCAACGCGAUGGCGCAGUGGAUGGCGAACCGCGGCUACGCGGUGCUGCAGGUCAACUACCGCGGAUCGAGCGGCUACGGCAAGAGCUUUCUGCACAAGGGGGACAAGCAGUGGGGCGUCGGCGACAUGCAGCACGACCUGUCCGACGCGGUGGCGUGGGCCGUCAGGGAGGGCAUUGCGCGCGAGGACAGGGUUUGCAUCUUCGGCGGCAGCUACGGCGGGUACGCCACCUUGGCCGGCAUGACCUUCACCCCGGAGCUGUACGCGUGCGGCGUGGACAUCGUCGGGCCGUCCAACAUCAAGACGCUGCUCGACAGCAUCCCGCCCUACUGGGGCCCGCUGCGCAACGACAUGCUGCUCAAGGCGGGGGAGGGGAAAAAGAGAGGAGAGGAGGAGGAGGAGGACCCCCCCCCCCCACCCCACGCCCCCCCCCCCCUUUCCCAGAUCGGCGACGUCGACAACGACGCCGACUUCAACCAGAAGAUCUCGCCGCUCUUCCACGGGGCGAACGACCCGCGCGUCAAGCAAGCGGAGGCCGACCAGAUCGCCUUCUCGAUGGCGGCGAAGCGGAUCCCUGUCGAGUACGUGCUCUACCCGGACGAGGGGCACGGCUUCGCGCGCCCGGCCAACCGGAUCGACUUCAACGGCCGGACGGAGGAGUUCCUUGCCAAGCACUUGGGCGGGCGCGCGGAGGCGUUCGAGCCGCCCGAGGGCGCGACGGCGACCUUCCCGCUCGAGACGAGGUCUUUCGAGUACGAGCCGGCUCAAGUGGUCUACUGA